UGAGUCUGGAGAACGUGCUGUGUGACGUGAAGGACCUGCAGCGCGGUAUGGAGCUCACCUGGCGGGAGUUCAGCGUCCAGCACAACGCCACGCUCAAAGACUUCAUCAGCAGGCACGAGUCCCGACUCAGCAAACUGCAGGAGGACGCACGCAUCGCUCAGGAUGCUUUUGAGGACGUGGUGAAAUUUUUCGGGGAGAGCUCCAAGACAAUGCCACCAUCCGUCUUCUUCCCCAUCUUCGUCCGUUUCAUUAAAGCGUAUAGGCUGGCGGAGGAGGAGAACGAGCAGAGGAGGCGACAGGAGCAGAUGCUGCUGGAGAAACUGGAGCAGGAGGAGCAGCAGCAGGAGGAGGAGGAGGAGACCAAGUCUCCCUCUCACAGGGGAAAGCGGCAGCAGCAGGAGCUGCUCACUGAGCUCAGACGACGCCAAGGAAAAGACAGUCGCCAUGUUUACGAAGGGAAGGACGGCGCCAUCGAGGACAUCAUCACAGCCCUGAAGACCGUUCCCUUCACGGCCCGAUCGGCCAAACGCAGCUCUCGCUUCUUCUGUGACCCCGCCCACUCCGAGGAGCACUACUGAGAGACAUGACAUCAUAGGAGAGAGACAUGACAUCAUAGGAGAGAGACAUGACAUCAUACGGAGAUUUUAUGCGUCAGCAUGUUGGAGGAUGAUGUCAUCUUCAGCUGGCCACGCCCACCUAUAAUCGAUAGGACCAAUGAGCACUUUGAACAUUUCUGAUCGAUCGAUGUGAACUGAUGACAUCAUGUUUUCUAUGUUAUUUUAUUGGUCAGUUUGUGCACAGACCGGGUUCCCAGACGCCACCUGACCUCUGACCUCUGACCUGCCCCUCAUUCCAGGAGUCAGACUCACUCUGAUCUGAUUGCUGUCGUACCCCUGUCAACCUUCGAAUAUGCCCCCUCAACCUUGUAGUACUCCCUUUCUAUCUUGCAGUACCCCCUCUACCUUCCAUACCCUCUUCUACCCUAAAAUAUCCUCAUGAAUCCUGGCAUACCCACUUUUAGCCUUGUCGUACCGUCGUUCUACCCUGCAGUACCCCCCUCCCUUUGGUACCCCCCGUCAACCCUGUAGUACUCCCUCCUAUCCGCCAUACCCUUCUCUGCCCUACAGUACCCCCCGUCAACCCUGUAGUACCCCCCUUCAACCCAGCAACAACCGCUUUCUACCUGGAAACACCCGUUUAUUUGCAGUAACUGGAAGAAGGUGCUGCCAGGUACCUUUUAGAAGGGGUUACAGUAGUUACAGGUUGAUGGAGUAUUUCAGAGUAGUUGAGGGUACUGCAGUGUAGAAAUGGACUGCUGCUCAUUGGAAGGGGGGUAACAGGGUUAACGGAGGUACCGCAGGGUAGAAGGGUUACAGUAUCUUGACACCAAACCUGGAGUUCUAGUUCUGGGUCCACAGGUCUGUGGUUCCGUGGUUGUUCUGGGUUCCUUCAAUACGUCUCUUUAACUGGAUCGUGUACAGGGUUCUACUUCUUUCACUACAUUGUGUUCUACUGUGUUCUACUGUAUUUACUAGCCUUACCGGAGCCGGGGAUACCCAGAGUCUGGCAUCACUCUGAAGGGUUCGCAUCACCCUUUCUAAACAGAAAACAGUGUUAGCAAGAAGAAAAUCUUUGCCAAACUCUGGUUAUCUGGGACUCUGACACACUGUCCUGAACCUGGACCUUUCAUUUCCUCCGAAGUCCUGCUGUAAGCCUGUUAGUACCAGAGCCAAACCAGUAGGAACACCGACUGGAAAAACUGCCUCAAAUGUCUUGGAGCAAAAAAAAAAAGAAGACAGAAUUCUGGUCUUGUCUGGGGGGACGCUGUAGCAGACAACAAAACAAGAGAACGCCGCUUAGCUUGACCAGUUCUCCCUCCAACAUGAACACAGUCUUAAAAA